AUGUCGUCCUUCAGUAAUGCAGACACGGGCAGCAAGCCCGCCGACCCCUACACCUCGCAGAACAAGCAGGAUCCUUCUCUCAAGGAAAAGGUCGAGGAUCUCUUCAGCUUCAUCGACAAGACAAAAAUCUGCUUGAUGACUGCGCAAACCGCGGGAAGCGAUCUGCUCACGUCGAGAGCCAUGGCUCUGGCAGCAAAGGAGGGCAAUGGCUUCGACCUUCUCUUCCACACUAACACCGAGUCCGGCAAGACAGAUGAUCUGAAGACCCACCCCUCCAUCAACAUCGGCUUUAUCAACAACUCCGGCGAGUGGGCGUCCAUUUCGGGCCAUGCCUCCAUCGAGACCGAUCGCAACGUCGUCAAGAAGCACUACUCACCCGCCCUGAAGGCUUGGAUCGGUGAUCUCGGUGACGGCAAGCACGAUGGUGGCCCAGAAGAUCCACGCAUUGGCAUCAUCCGUGUGAAGGCUAGUACGGCGACGUAUGCUGUUUCGAACAGUACAACGCUCGGAAGCUUUGUUGAACUGGCCAAGGGUGUUGCAACAGGCCAGCCACCUAAUGUGAAUAAGUUGCGGGAGCUUACGGAGGCGGAGAUCUCGCAAUGGAAGGCUCAGUAG